AUGACUGGAUCACUAGAUUUAGCCUGUACUAACAUUUACACCUGGAUUGCAAAAUGUGCAAUUUAUUUCCUGCUUCUUACGGCUAGCACACUGAUUACCGGCUAUGUUCUGAGAAAGCGAAGAUCGUCCAUUCUGAAAAGCCAGCGUGCACCCCGCACACCUUUGUCAGAACUCGAGUUUAAUGUUGCUACGCCCACUGAUACGGCGAAGAGCCGUCGAGUCAGCUUCUCACGGCGCACUGGUGUUGCAGAAUUUAUAACAAAUGAAGCUACUACUACAUGGAAGAAUGUUUAUGAAGAACAAAAUAAAUCGAUGGAUUCCUCUGGUAAUGAUUCUGCAAUGAAUCCCCCUCGACAGACUAUAGGUCACUUAGGCAAGAAUAUUUUUGAUCAACAUUUCCAAGAAAUGGAAUUUGUUGACUAUGGAGGAAAUAUUAUGCUUUCAAGCAACCCAAGGGUACAAGAAAUGAAUAUUUCCAUGAACAUCAACUUCACACAACAGAUUGCAGCGCUUGAAUGUGAAGAAGAUGAUAGGAAACUCGCUGCACCACAACAUUUUGAAUUAAGUUCCUUUACAGACCAGAGAAGUAAACUCUUUGGUGAUGAGCAUACAAUUCCGACUAUAGGAGAUAUGUCUAACAAAAUCAAUAUAAACUUUUCAGCUAUAGAGCCUGUUGGUUCUAAUAAUGACAAAUGUGAUGAUUUAGACGAAAUUCAAAGGGAUCUUGAUAGGUCCCAACCAAACGUGGUUUGUCAAGGACCCUUUCGGGGAAGAAACAAUUCUGAGUACAUUGAAGUGGACUUAAAUAUGACACAUAUAGGAAUGAAGAAUGAAUAUUCAGAUAUGUCAAUAACUGAUACUAUUCAUAGUCCGAAAGUACAAGAAGUAUCAAAGAGUAAUAUAUCUGUUAAUAAUGGCACCAAAUCAAACGUAAAUAAAGACUGGACAGUUGAUAAAGAAAACAUCGCGAUAAAUCCUUACGUAUCACCAAAAGAAUCCUUGAACUUUGCAAUAAAUGAGGUUCCAGAUCAAAUAUUAGUAUUUGAUGGUCGCAAAUUAACCAUUCAACCUGAGAAUAAUGAUAUCUUUAAUAAAGACAAUGAUGAACAACAUUUCCGUAAAACACUUUUGCCCAACAACUCUUCUGAGCGACCCACACAAAGAAAAACUAUUAUUCUCAAUGUUAACGAUGACUUACCUAAUUUUAUAGACGAUGUGUCUUUGCUUGGCCAAGUUCAUGGUUUAUCUAUAAGUAGAGAUGUCACUGACCAGAAAAAUAGUAUCAAUAAUCAAGGUGAGAACAGAAUCACAAGCACAGUUAUUAAUGACAAUGAUGAAAUAGCUAACAUUUCGGUAACUCAAGCAAUACCGACAGACAUUCUUCUGGAAAAACAGAAGGAAAAGGAUGAGAAAAGGCAAACAAUUUUCUUCGAAAAUGACAAUGGAAAUCUAUCUAUGACACAAUUAGUACCUACAAAUUAUGACGUAUGUACUAAAGAAACGACUAAUAACAAAACAGUUGUUUACGAUGGCGAUAAUAUUUCUUUUACUCAAGCAUUGCCAUCAAAUAUGUUACUAUCUGAAAAGACAAAUUUUUUUUGUCAAAAUUCUACAUUACCUACUCAAAACGACUUACAUAUGUCUUUAACUCAAGCUGUUCCUAAUAAUAUGCUGCUAUCAAGUAAAUUUACUCAAUCAAAUAAAAGAAAUACUAUUUUAUAUGGAGAUGAUACAGGAGAUAUUUCAAUUACCCGUGUUCUACCAACAAAUAUACUAAUGGUUGAGAAUCGAAACGACAUCAAUUCCGCAACUAUAACAACAGUAGAUCAAAGCUUAGAAAAGAACAAUUCAAAAAAUACGAUAAUUUAUGAGAAAGAUAGUUGUAAUAUAUCUAUGACUGAAACUAUACCGAAAAAUAUUAUCAUAUCAAAUAUUAGUACCGCUGAUAAAACAAAAACAACGUACUACGAUAAAGAUCAAGGCAAUAUUUCAGAGACUCAAGUCAUUCCAACAACAUUAGUAGACUUUGAAAUAGAAAUAAAAAAAGAUGUGAAGGAAUUAGAGGACAAUCAAUCAUUUAACAAAAGUAAAUUUGUGCAUGAUGAAAAGCAAAGAACUAAUAUGUCGAUGACUGAAGCAGUAACAGAAAAUAUUUUGAAUGCAAGCAAUGUGUGUGACAUUUCUGUAACACAAGCCCUUCCAUCAAACAUUAUUAUAUCUGAUCAAGAAAAAUAUUGCAAUCAAGGAUUUGCCAAAGAGAAAUCUGUAGAGAUGAAAAAUACAAUUGUGGAGACAGUACCAGAAAAUAUUAUUUUACAGAAUGAUAUACUGGGUUCAAAUACAAAUGCAGCAACUCGCGAAACUGAGUCAGGAAAUAUGCUUCAUUUAAAUUCUUUAGCUUUAAAUAUAUCAAACACAGAGAGAAAAGAGGCUACAGAACGUAAAAGUUUUAAAAACAAUCUAAUAGAAACUACGCACGAGGGAAGCCCUGAAGAUUCAUUUAUAUCGGAAAGUUAUAAAACUCGUUUGGAUAUGUCCCUAACCCAAUUAUUACACCAAAAUGAUGUUUCUCUAAGAACUAACAUAAUUUCUGAUAAAAGAAAAACCAUAGUUAAUGGUGACAACUUGAGUAACAUACCAGUAACUCAAGUCAUUACUACUAAAAAUUUGCUAAAUGAAAUAGAAUUUAAAUCAGGCAAUGCAACACAAACUGAUGACGGAAGAAACAAUGAAGUGCUUAAUAACGAGUUCACAGAGUCUGCUAAUAUGGUGACAGAGUAUACACAACAAAAUCAACAUAAUAUUUCUUCAUGCAAAGCAAGUAUUAACCCUCAUUCUGACAUUUCAAUGUACAAAGAAAAGGCUCAUAAUUCCACGAAACAAGAAGAUAUUGUUACCAAUAAUCAGCUUUGUAAUCAUUCCUUUGUUUCAAAAACAAAACAAGAUAUAUUAGAACACUCUAAAGUCAUAUCUGAGAAGAGUGAAAUAGAAUCAGAUGGUAAUAAUAAGGGUAACGACACAAUAAACAAAACUUCUGCGAAUCUUCUUAAGCAAAAAGAAAUAUCUCAAACAUCUAACAAUGCUGUAGAAAGUUUGUCUUAUAUUCAACCAAAAUCUGAAACAAAAAUCAACAAAUCUGCCACAGAACAUAAUCAUCAAGACCUCUUUGUGUACCAAGCUGUCACCACUCACAAUGUUUCCAGGCAUCAAAAUAUGGAAGUUGAACGGAAUGAUUCAAGAAUGGAUGAAACUUUAAAUGAAAGUAUUGAAAGACCCACAAGAAUUUCUAGCAAUCCCAAUCAAAGUGAUGGAAAUUUGCUAAACAUAAGUAAACUACAAUUGACAGAAUUAGAAAAUAAGGAAAUGUCGUUAGAUAUGUCAGUAAACGCAGUCUUAAAAUAUGACACAUCGCACCAAACAGAAAAACCAAGAAAUUCAAUACUGAAUGAACUUUUAAAUAUGUCCAGCAAAUCUUUAUGUGAAUCUGUUGAUGGCAUUGAUGACAAACAUUUAAUGGUCAAAAGGGGAUCUCAAUUUGAUCAAAUCCCGGAAUAUUUUCAUAAAACUCAAGAAGCAGGCCUUGAAUUAUCUGAGUCUAUUGAAUGUAAAGAAAACAAACCAGAGGAUUCUUUAUUGAAAGAAAAUGUCCUUGAGCUAAAGAACCUAAUUUAUGAACCUGAAAAACAGAAUAGUGCACAAACGAAAAGACAUUUUGAAAAUGUUUUAAGUUCGAAUCCCGAUCAAGUAAACUUCAAAGAAAAUAAAAAUCGUACCAUUAAUGAGAGCGUGAAUGAAAUUGACAGUAAAAAACUUCAAAACUCGUAUAGAAAUAGAACCUUCAAAACAGCAGAUGAUACAAAUGAAUUAUUAGAAAUGCUUUCAGAUUUUACCGAUAGAACAAUAGCUAAAGAAACCAAAGAAGAUGAAGAUAAACCAUCAGUUAAUGUUAAUAAUGUUACUGCACUAGAAGAUAGAACUGACUGUAAUGAAUUUAAACGCACGAGUCUCGCGAAAAGCAGAUUGUCGAUAAUGCUUAGUCGAGAAGAUUUACUUAAUAAUAUAUCAAUGGCACAUGCAGUACUACAACAGGCAAUGACAGAUAUGAAUGAAAGCGAAUCUAUUAAUGAAACCCAUUGUGAAACACCAGUAGAACAAUCUGACGAAAUUAUGGACGAUGCCAACACAGCACGAAACUUAGUGCGAGUGAGUACAGAAGUGGUGAAAAAAUUACAAUUCGAUGAUUCUAUCAAUGAAAUAAAGUCAAAAUCGGAUAUAAAUUUAUCGCCAUUAAAAAAGACUGCAUUUAAUGACACCUCUAAUUUAAUUGAGAGCAAAGCAAAAGUGAUUCCGUCUUAUUUGUCAGAAGUUUCUGAUGACAUUAAAUCACUUAUGCAUGACUUAGUUAAACCUAUGGCUGACGUGAUACCAUUCGAGACGUCUCGUUUAGAUGAGAUGACUAAGAACGAUCCUUCGACUUGUAGCAUACAAAUACAAGCGAACAUUAUCACAUCUAGCCAAAUUGACAUCGACAUAGAAUCGUACCCGGAUUCGGAAUGUGAUGUAGCUAAAACACAAGCAAACAAAGGAUUUGAUUACAAUCUUAAGCAUGCCGAUCCUACAGCCGCGGGUUUACCAGCAGAAUCGCUAAAGAACAUACCUUCUACUGAUGGUAAUAAACAAACACACAUUCAGCAUUUACAAAAACAAAGAGUACCAGAACAAAUAUUGGUCUUUGAUCACACAAAUCCUUUAAAUAAUGUUGUAUUAUCUCCUGCGGGCCAAACAGAUAUUCAUAGAUACAGCCCAUCGAAAUCUUCAGAAUUAAUUUACGAAGUUAAAACAGAUAAAUCUCCCCAAAACUCCCCUAUAGGAAAUAGUGUAGAAGAGGAAUUGAAUGGUCAGAAAAUUUCGACGUAUUACAAUAUUAUUACAAGUGCAACCGAUUGCAAACCUGAAUUAACUGGCUCAGGUUCGCAAUCAGGUGAUUUGAGUAAUGAAAGAGUUGAAAAUAAUAGUAUAGUUUUAGUGAACAGUAAACCAGCCUCUGCAGAUAACUCUACAAACGAUAUAAAAACACACAUUAAAGACACCGAAGUGAAUACUUUAAUAGUUAUGAAAAGCAACAAGGAGCUUCUAGAAGCAAGUUCGUCAUUGACUUUAGUCAAUGAUGACGAGCAAAACGUUAUAGAAAUAGAAGAUGACAUAGGCACAACUAAAUCAGAUCUUAAAAAUGAACGAAAUUCUCCCGUCAAAAUGAUAUUCAAAAUAACCGAUCAAGACAUUCAAAAUUUCCCUUCCAGUGUUGAUUUAGGUGACGCCGAAAACAAUACCAAAGCUAAGAAACGAAUUUACAGUCCCGCGAAAAGUGAUCAGCUCAAAAAAGUUACAUUGUUAAGUCCUGAAGUAACUCCUAAGCCUCUAAGUAAAAUGCAAAAACUGUCCGAUAGCCCCGGUAGGCUUAAAAAUGCGUCAAACCGUUCUUCCACUGCCAAACCUAGUAAAGCAGAAAUCGAAAAUGCUUCAAAAGGUUCGGAAAAAUCUCUUAAUAUUUCGACCACCAAAAAACAAACGAAAUCCCAGAAGAAAUCUAUAAGUAAUUCUAAACAUAAAUUGGAAGCCACUGUAAUCGUUCAACACGUGACGGUGGAAUGUAAAAUUGACGCGGAAUCAAAGGUAAAGGCUAGAGAAACCGCAGAGGACAUGGAAUCUGAAUCAAGUUCAUCUAGCACAUUAAAGAGUAUAACGGUCUCUCAAAAAGAAAUAAAAGAAUGUUUAAGUCCAGAAAUGGCCUGUUCGUUCACAAGUAGUAAAGCUAUGAAAGAAAUUCAGUGCAUGCCAAGUGUAACCACCACCAUCUCUGCAGAGGCUAACAGUACAUCAAGUGACACAUCACGACUGAACUGGCAGACAGAAGAUGUCAACGAGCGCGGCUCUAAGAAGCUGGUCUUGGAGUCCGAAUCCAGCGAAAAUGUGUUGCCCAAAAUCAACAUGCUACUGUUUAUAAGAAGCUGCGAGUGCGAGUGGGAGUAUGCUGACUUGUACACAUGGCAAUUUAUGCUCAUGCGCCGAAGGUUGCGGUUGACGCUGAAGUUGGAUCACGUGCACUCGAACACUCCAGCGCAUAUAUGCGUCGAAACUCCAGUACUUAGCACUACGGUUGAUGUUGCACAUGAGGACGCGGACACGUUGUCGACGACGUGCGUUCGGCUGGCGUGCGAGGCGAUGCGUUACGAGUGCGGGCGCGGCGUGAAGCGCGCGGACGACGCGGGCGCGCUGCUGCGGCGCUGCGCCGGCGUGGCGCGCGUCGCCCGCCGUUGGGCCACCGCCAUGCUGCACGUGCGCCUGCACCUCGCCUACAAGCUCGCGCACGACGGCACGCUCUCUCUGCACGUGGCGAACAUCCCGUUGCGCUGCGUGUGGGAAGUGACGAUGCGCUUAGAGUUGGUGAUUGAAGACGCUCGCCAGGCGGCGUGGCCGCGCGCCGGACACGUGCACGUGCGUGACGUCACACACGGGCAUGACGUCACGAAGGUGAAGGAAGACGUGGAACGCCUGCUCGCACGGGUGCCGCACGACUGGGGGCACGUGCCGAAAACUAUAUGGAAAGUUUUCAGGUACCUGAAGAACAAGACGGAAGACAACGAACUGCUUGGAAUUUAG